GCCCUCUCUCCAACACCUGUCAGGACUUCUGGCAAAUGGUGUGGGAGCAGGGCGUGGCCAUCAUUGCCAUGGUUACAGCUGAAGAGGUGUGUGUGUGUGUUACACUGGACUUUAUUAUGUCUGUAUGUCCAUGGUUUGUUGUUACUGUUAUUGCAUGACCUCAGAUCUAGGAAGGCAUACUGCGCUUUAAGCAAUAACAUUACUCUUUGACCCUGGCUAACCUUUGGCCUCUAACCCCUUUGCAGGAGGGUGGCAGGGAGAAGAGUUUCCGCUACUGGCCACGGCUCGGCUCCCGCCACAACACGGUGACGUACGGACGCUUAAAGAUCACCACGCGCUUCAGGACAGACUCAGGCUGCUACGCCACCACAGGCCUGAAGAUAAAACACCUGCUGACGGGCCAGGAGCGCACUGUGUGGCACCUGCAGUACACAGACUGGCCCGACCACGGCUGCCCUGAGGACUUCAAGGGCUUCCUCUGUGAGUGGACCGGUUGGAAUAACAUGUAUUCAAACCAGGAAGUCCCUUUUAAGAUAGGAAAUCUCUAUUCCAAGGGAGAGCAGGUCAAGAAGGCAGUUCCAGUCAAAGUUAAAUGAGUGUUCAGUGAUAACUUGAGAUUUUGUGUUGUAAAAUACUGUUUUUAUUUAGUUUGGUUAAUAGAAUACAUAAUUAUCUUAUUUCAAUGUUAUCCCCAGUGUACCUGGAGGAGAUCCAGUCAGUGAGGAGACACACCAACAGCACCAGCGACCCAAAGAACACCAACCUGCCCGUGCUGGUCCACUGUAGCGCUGGAGUGGGCCGCACCGGGGUGGUCAUCCUCUCUGAGAUCAUGAUCGCCUGUCUGGAACACAAC